AUGAGUUCGAAGGCCAUGGCUCGGCAGCGCAUCGUGCCUGCCAUCCCGCACCAACUGACCGUCCGCCGCGCAAAAGUCGUUCCAGCAGGCAAGAGCGACCAACAAGUCGCCGACGACAAGGCCAACAGCGCAUCCCUUUCGGCCCUCGCAGGCAGACUGGAAGCUUCUACGCGCACAAAUGGCAUUGAACACGAAGAUGCGCAACCACGCGACGACAGCGCCGCAUCGCUCAAUGGAGCCAAAGAGGAGCAAGCCAAACAGGUGCACGCUGAGGAGGAGCCUGUCGCAAUCAAGGAGCUUGCUGUAAACAAGGAGCCCCUCGAGAAAGAGAAGCUUGUCGAGAACAAGGAAGAAGUCGUUGCUGAAAAGGAAGUCGUUGAUGACAGGAAGAAGCAGGUCAAUGUAGGAGUGACUGCUGCUCUUCCUCGCCGUCAGCCUCACCACCAAGACGCUCAAGCCCUUCCAUUCAUCCCCAAGCAUCAGCACAAGCGCAACGAAUCUCUCGUCUUUGGCGGUCUUCGAGACUCGUCCAGCGCAUCGCCUGCCGCCAUGUCAACCUCGGUCUUCUUACCUCCUCCACCCAUGUCCGCCAUGCCUCAUGCAGUGAACCCCUACGACAGUUACCCUCCUGCUCAGCAACAUCCAUCUGCCAUUCCUCCUGCCCCUGUCGCUGUCAUGGGUCCUCCUCCACUGGCCAACGGCCACGCCUUCGCACAUACAAACGGAGGCGCCGCCCAUCUCGGAAGCAUCGCAUCUUCGCCCUCGCCCGCAUCAUCGAUCCCGCUUGGUGAUUCUGCCGUCGCUACGCCUGAUAAAUACGCGCCUCACAAGCACCAUGCUCCCCAGCCAUCUUACCCUCCUCCACCCCCUCUCAACAACAAUGUGCAGCAUCUGGCCGACUAUGUUCUGUCAUACUGGAACCAGCACGAGUUUGCUGACUACCUUAUUGAGCUUUACUCCGGCAACCAAUCUUCCAACCCCCUGAUGCUGCCUGUACACGGCAUCAUUAUUGCGCGCUAUCCCGGCUUCCUAAAGCUCAUCAACAGUCUCNCCCAGACUCAUACCAACUCGCGUACUAUCAUCGUCCACAUGCCUCGCAGCUACUGCUUCUCAGACGCUUCUGCUUUCGCCGAUGCCAUGCGCUACGUCUACGGUGGCCGCUUGAUCGAGCCCAUGUACAUUUUCAGCAACCCUACCAGCACCCCAGCCACCCGCAUGCGCUAUGUUCUGUCAUACCUCGCCUCCGGUCACUUCCUCGGUGCUGAGCCUAUUGUCAUGCACGCCUAUAACAUGGCUUUGCGUAUCCUUGGCUUCAAUGAGCUCGAGGCUGUCCUCUACUUUGCAGCAUGUGGCUGGUGCCUUACCGAGAACUGUUUGUACGGCCCCUAUGCCGAUCAAAUCGUCUGGCAAGCUCUGUACAUGAUCGUCUCAAACAUCAACCCAGACUUUGUUCUCGACACCUCGGCUUCCGACUCUGUUCCUCGCCUUCCUGUCAGCUGCACCUUGACCUCAAACUCUCAAUCUCGCCCUGACUCGCGAUCGUCAUCUGCCUUUGCUUCCUCGGACGUUCAAUCCGGUCAACGUCCCGUGUCAAGCAUUCGUUUCGGCUCGGCAACCCCUAGCAGUUCGGACACCAUCUCGCCUAACUAUCUUCUGUCCUCUGCACUUUUGUCUCUGUCUUUCGAUCACUUGAAGAUUGUUCUGGAGCACGACCAGCUCGUGGCAAACUUGGGCAUCGAUACUCUGCUCUCUAUCGCUGGCGAUGUUGUGCGUGAGCGUGAGCGUCGUCGUGUCGACGCUUGCAACUCACUGCACGACCAAAAGAAGAACCCGGAAGGCGUUCUUCUUAUCGGAGAAUCGGUGGGUCGUGAUGCAACUGGCACACGCCUUCAGCUUCACGCCACCCGACUUGGUUGA